ACCUCAAUCUGCCCUAAUUUAACUGACCGUCUUCUCGUUUAUGCCAUAUCUUGGAGUUUGGUCGGGAAGCUCUCUGGUGGUAAUCCUUCUUCUCUGACAUAUAUAUCUCGAGGGAUUUCCCCAGAAUUGUCUUUUUUAUUACCCUCUUUACCCAUUAUCAGUGGGAGGACUGGUGAAACUGCGAUUUGCUUCUUCUGCUAGUACAUUAUUGAAGGGGUUUCCUUUCGCACCGGGCUGUCCAUACCAGUCCACACAGGUACCUUGCCCAGCUCUGCCCUACCAUAACAUCUCUUGCCUCCUCCUGCCCUACAGCCCCCCGAAAACCAACCUGGGUAUGGUAGACUGCCCUACCCCGACUAGCCCCGUAUAUAACAUUACUGACGGGGUUUUCCCUUACCCUUAUUCCCGGAAGUUCAAGGUAUUUCCGUGACCCUAACCGUCCUCGCGGCCCCUCUUAUUCGAUAAGGGAGUGGGACAAUGAAUCGUCAGGGUCCUAGCAUGCCCGAUCAUCCGAGCCCAGGAAGUCAAAUAGCGCCACGUGAGUUUCCUAUUCUUUCACUUCCCGACUUGCUGUCCCAUCUGGGUUUAUUCCCAUAUUUAUGGGGUGAGGCCUUGGGUUUGGGUUGUCUCUGAGAAAGAAUUAUGCAGUGCCCACUGAACAUGAUUCCCCUUGGGAGCAUGUACUUCCCUCCCAGAACCCACACCUAAUUACUCGGGCGCGACUUGAAAAGGGUGGUUCCUUAUCCAAAACUUCAUCUUUCGAAAUAAUCACCCGGGGAGAUUUACACGGUGAAUUGAACAGAUCCGAAAGCGCCUCUCCAAUGUCAGCGUAUUCGAGUGAGAGCACCCGCAGUCGUGGUUAUGAGAGUGGCGGCUCGCCGUCGACCUCUAUUAGGGAAUGGGAGCCUGUGAGGGACCAGGAAGCCUUUUUAGAAGCUGUGGGAAGCAACGGCAGUUCUCCCUGCUCUGGUACUUCCGAACAGGAUGAUUCCGGCGGUGCUGAACCUGAAGGAAGAGUGGUUUCUGAGGAUCGUGCGGCCCCUGUUCGCGCUCGUCCCUUUACAAGAAAAUCUAAAGCCGGAAAUCAACAUUACGUUACGCCAUCUAGCGCAGCCCCUAGUGGGGGAUUUGUCUGCACGUUUAUGAUGGGGAACUCGGUCUGCAGACAGGCCUUCAAGCUUCCUUCUGAUAUAAGGUUUGUUGGAUAUUUGCCCCCAUAUGAGCAACCCUUAUGUUGACCUCGACGGCUGUUGUAGGGCACAUUUGAUUGAGAGUCAUAUAACCUUUUCCCCCUUUCAAUGCGAAACUUGCAAAAGGGUCUAUACGAGGAAGUCCCUUUACACACGGCAUCUGAAGGACGUUGAUGGCACUCACACUAAUGACAAACGAGGCCCGAGACGGAUGUGUCCGAAUAGGGAAAUAGAUGCUGAUGAUGCAUUCUACGUUCGGAAAGAGACUUACGCUGCUCUGUGGGCUAUACAGACCACACAAGAUCAGGUUGACAAGGCCAUCAGCACUAUCAGCACGCAUAACGGAAUGCUUCCUGGUCGUAGGAGACGAACCCAAAAUCCUCAUGAGACCGAGUCGCCUGAGAUCGGCUUGCCUAUCCUUGGUACCCACACUCAAGUUUGUAAGUUUGUUUCUGGCGCGAUCGUGUAGCAAGAUUGGGACUAAUAUGGUUUGUUCAGCAACUCAGAGGGUUUCGCCGGAGAACAGUCCACCUUACAGUGGGUCUUUUCCACCAAGUCUGCAUUAUACACAAAACCUGCCUAGGACACGGGGUACCAGCGAUUAUUUACCCCAGAGGGUGACUCCGCCCUAUACACCCUCUACAGAGAGUGGAUCCGCCAACCGAAGAAGCCCGCUUGCAGGCUCCAAUUCUUAUCAGUCUCCGGCUACCUACCAAGGCCCACAGGGAACGCCAAUCAUACCUCAAGGGGGAGUCCGAGGGUUCAUGGGUACAGAUGCGGGCCAGCCAUUGUACGGUCCCAACUCGAUAUACACAAGAGAGUACAUGGAAUCACUUGAGCAAUCAGACAAUAUCAAUCCAAACAUGCUCCAGCACGUUGCAACUCCUCAUCGUACCGCGUGGGAGGAGGGUAGACAAGACUAUCCUACUUGGCCUGUAGCUAGAACUGGCGGACAGAGACAGCAGGUACUGUACCCCAAUCAAGGAUUCAAAGAAGGUGACUAUCACUACCAAUCAGUAAGUAAAAAUAGCUCCGUUCCGUAAAUGUCGUUUGGUACACUACCCCUAGAUCAUCUCUCCCUGUUGAGUUUCUAUGGCUCUUCUUGAUGAAUUAACUAGGAUGCACAGAACGACGGAUCCCAGCCCAAUGUGUUUGAUCCAGCCACAGCCUCUAGAGAUCUUUCCGCCCCCGAUCGGGUUCACAAAGGAAGCCCCAAAACAGGAGCUUGA